CCAGUUCGACCCUGGUAGUGAGCAUUAUGAGGUCUCCAGCAGUCCGGUUCAAGCUCCGGAUCCUCGCUUUUUAGCCGUGUUUCCUGCUUGCUUGCAUUUUCUUUUUCCAAUAACGCCAGGCCACCGCUGUACCGGUACCGGUGGCUGGACUCCUGGAGCAUCUGGGCUGCGGGACAGCCUCGUUGGAAUGCAGCCAUGUCAUUGACGAAGUGGGUGUAAAGGCACUUCUUUGUAGCCAAACAAAGCAAUUCAUUCUUCUCGCCGUGGCUUCCCUAAGCCUUGCCUGAACAAUGGAUUCCCGCCCUCGGCCUCCCAUUCAACUUUCUCUACUCGGCCAGUAUAUAAGCCAGCCCACCCAUUGUUGGGAGCAGACGGCGAUGGGCUCCCUGUUUGACACAGUCUCGAAUCAUCGUCCCCGCCGGCCAGAAACGGCAGCCAGCCCCCCUUCGUGUUUAUGAAACGAAAACUAUCGCUGGCAGUCUUUCGUGCCAAACUGCAGGUCGACUGCGCAAUGAGCGCAGUGGCGGAUCCGUCACCCGUCACAGCGGCCGAGGAGCAGGCCUCCCAGCCGCACAUGCAGACGGCGGCCACCAAGGCGGCGGUCACGAUCAAGUUCACCAAGCUCGACCCGGCCCACUUCUCCAAACGGCCCGCGCGCGACCGCAGCGCGCUGUCGGACCUGCACGCGGUGGAGAGCGGCGGGCUGGGGAGGCGGGUGCGCGAUGCCCUAGGCUGGCUGCAAGAGGAAAGGCUGCAGGAGGAAAUCGACUACGGCAGGUCCGUGCUCGGCGCAAAGGUAAGGAUGCUCUGGCGGCGGUACAUUAACGGCAGUGAUGAGAGCAGCCCGACAGCACCCCCCAUGGCGGCGGUCCAAAAGAUAACAGCGACCAGGGGCGGCCGCGGCGGCAGCGAUGACAAGAUGGUGGACACCCCGCAGCGCGAGGGUGUGCCGACCCACCGCCGCACCAGCAGCACGGGGUCUGGAGGGCACAUCACGAGCCUGCUGGACCAGUGCCCGGUCGAGUCGUUCACGCGCCUGUAUAGGGACGAGGCGGUGGCGGAGCAGAACGGCAGGCACCGCGAACCGGGCCUGGAGUGCUGCAACUGCCAUGUGCAGCUGUCCGACAUGGAUUGGACGUGCUGGCACUGCAAGGUCCACGUCCGGUGCCGUGAUUGCAAGCGAUAGAUAGCCUAUAUUUUGUGUUUUG